GAAAGUGAACGAGGAAUAUGCGCAAUACCUUCUGAUUGUGGUGGAAAAUUUGUUGAAGUGGCUCUCAAAGGGGUUAGGGCUUGGAGAGGAAGGCUUGAAGGUGGCUUUGGGUGGAGAGGAGAUGGAAUAUUUGCUCAAAAUAAAUUAUUACCCUCCAUGCCCUCGACCAGAUCUAGCAUUAGGGGUGGUGGCCCACACUGAUUUGUCUGCAAUUACCAUUUUGGUGCCCAAUGAGGUGCCCGGAUUGCAAGUAUUCAAAGAUGACCAUUGGUUUGAUGCCAAAUAUAUCCCUAAUGCUCUUAUUAUUCACAUUGGAGAUCAAAUUGAG